AUGAGCUGAUUGAGUCAGUUGGAGUCUUCACUGCGAACAGACGUCAGAUUCUUGUAAAAUCUUCAGGGAUCGUUCUGACCGAAGCAGCUGCAGCGAUGAGACAGGAAAAAAGCAGCAGCGAUGAGGGAUGUGGUUCAGAUCCAGGAGAUGUGCCUCAUCUUUCUGAGGGAAUGUCCCAGCGGCGCCCUGCAUCUGCACGAGUUCAAGAAGAUCUUCGGCGUUCAGAGCAGCUCGCCGGAGGACUCCCUCUUCCUCGAGACCAUCUUCCGCUCCUUCGACACAAACCAGGUGAAGGAUCGACAAACGCUGGACUUCAUCGAGUACGUCGCCGCCCUUAACUUGAUCUUAAGAGGAAAUCUGGAAGAUCGUCUCAAAUGGUCCUUCAAGAUGUACGACCGGGAUGGGAACGGAAAGCUGGACCGGAGUGAGGUGAAGCGGCUCAUAAGGGUGAGGAAAACCUGUGUGACCCAAAAAGCGAAAGUGGGUCUGACUCCGUCCCAGAUCUGUGAUCGGAUCUUUGACCUCGUUGACGACAACAACGACGGUGAGAUCACCCUGAGUGAGUUCAUGGAGGGGGCCAAAAAGGACCAGUGGCUCAUGGACCUCCUCAACCUGGACGUCAACACCUCCGGCUGGGUGAUGCAGAACUGCAGAAAGCUCCCAUGAUGCCUUGCAGUGAGAGCAGCGUCUUCAGGAACUGUUCCUUUGGUUUAAACGAGUCGCCCUGCGGUUCUGAUCCGCCUCGAGGCUGAGGUUCUGCUGGGCCGGUCCGAUAGACGGCGAGUGAUUUCUGUCAUCAGAUACAUGAACAGCUAAAUAUCCACAUUCAUCAGAUUUCAUUCUCCAUAGAUUCGUUUGGAUAUUUACGGUUAUUUUCAGAUCUUCAUUCACUGAAGUCAUUUUAACACUUUUUAAGUUCCUCUGAGGUUCAGACUGAAACGUUUCCAAACUUGUUGCAUCCUAGAAGCUGCGGAUGUGAAGGAGGGCGCAGGGAUCCCAAACUCAGUGACUUUCACCUCGACUAAAACUCCAAAACCCGACAAGGAGCAGAAAAGCAAACAUUUCAGUUCUGACGUCUGACAGACGCUGCUCUUCACUCAUUAAAACCAGACGACCAAACUUAGUAGACUAAUAAAAAUGAUUUAUUGUACAAAUUUUCAUGUUUACACAGACAUUUGCAAAGCUUUGGAUCCAUCGUUAUUAUAACACGGUAAACAUGAGUGAGGUUUUGAUUUCAAAGUAGAAUAAAGUCAUUUCAACAAAUCUGGUCAAAUUUUGUCAUCAAUUAAAAUCAAACCUUACAAUCACAUGAUUGAGUGAAAUGGGUUUCUGAACUUGCAGUUUGGCUGAAAAAAUAGAUAAAAAUGAAUAAAAAACAAACAAUG